AUGACGAAACAGGUGGUGGUGGUGGACACAGCGCUGGUGGCGCCGAGCGAGGAGACGCCGCGGCAGCCGCUGUGGCUGUCCAACCUUGACCUGGCCGUGCCGCAGACGCACACGCCGCUCGUCUACUACUACCCGGCACCGGCGCAGGGCGGUGCCGCCCUGCGCACGGGCUCCUUCGCGCCGGACCGGCUGAGGGCCGCGCUGGCCGCCGCUCUGGUGCCAUUCUACCCACUCGCCGGGCGCCUCGGUGUUGGCCCGGACGGCCGGCUGCAGAUCGAGUGCAACAGCAAGGGCGCGCUCUUCGUCGUCGCCAACGCGGACCUCACCGGCACGGGCGUCUUUGACGACUACGAGCCGUCGGCAGAGGUCAGGAGAACUUUUGUGCCGGUAGCGGAGUCCGGCGAUGCGACCAGCAGCCCCAUGGCCAUGUUCCAGGUGACGUUUCUCAAGUGCGGCGGCGUGGUGCUCGGCACGGCCAUCCACCACGCGGCCUUGGACGGCGUCGGCGCGUUCCAGUUUAUGCAGACGUGGUCCGGGGUGGCACGCGGACUCGACGUCGCGGAGGCGUGCGGGCCGCAGGCGCCGUUCCACGACCGGACGCUCCUCCGCGCACGGUGCCCGCCGAGCCCGACCUCGGACCACUUCGUCUACUCCCCGGCGUUCCUCAGCGGCCGCCCCCGGCCCUACGUGACCCGCAUCUACGCCGUCUCGCCGAAGCUCCUCGCCGACGUCAAGUCCCGCUGCGCGCCCGGCGUGUCCACCUACUGCGCCUUCACCGCGCACCUGUGGCGCUGCGUCUGCGUCGCGCGCGGGCUGGCGCCCGGCGCGGACACCCGGCUCGGCCUGCCGGCCAACGUCCGGCACCGCCUAAGGCCCCCGCUCCCGCGCACCUUCUUCGGCAACGCCGUGGUGCGCGACCUCGUCACCGCGCCCGUCAGCACCGUCCUCGACAGCUCGCUGGGGUCCGUGGCGGAGACCAUCAAGAAGGCAGUGGACCGCGUGGACGACGCCUUCGCGCGGUCGGUGCUGGACUACCUGGAGCUGCAGCAGAAUGCAGCAGGCGGCGGCGGCCAGCAGGAGGCCAGCAGGGAGCAGCUGGUGCCGGCGACGGACCUGUGGGCGGUGAGCUGGCUGGGGAUGGCCAUGUACGACGCCGACUUCGGCUCGGGCGCGCCGCGGUUCGUCGCGCCGGCGCAGAUGUUCGGCGUGGGCACGGCGUAUAUGACGCCGCGUGGUCCGGACAGGGACGACGGCAUCGCCGUGCUCAUCUCGCUGGAGCCCGAGUACCUGCCGUGCUUUGAGAAGGUCUUCUUCUACAACGAGUGA